UUCACACAAGCCAGUUGUGAGCAACUGUAAUCUGUAAAUUAUUUAUCUCUUAUUGCUUUCAAUAGUUUAAGUGGCAGUGCCUUUUGGAAAAGAGUACAUAAUGACAUAUUGAAAAUGUAAUUGUAUAUGUAAUUAACCUGACCUUUUUGCCGAACGAAUUGUUAUGCAUCGAUUAUUCAUUGGACACAAUUGCUCAACGCAAUCAAUAUGGCGACAGUUUGUUGUCACACGUCGGCUCUACACUUCCAAAUAUUCUCUGCUUAAUCGCUAGGGUCAGUUUAAAGCAGACGUUGCGGAGAGUCACAUAUAUCAUUUGAUGGAUCCGAUUCAAAGAUUCAAGUAUCCAUCCUACAAAAAGUAUGGGUUUCUGUGCGACGUCUACACUGUAGCCGUCUAUUAAGUAUUGUUCAGCGCAUACUCAAUGAUCUUCAUAUUAGAAAUUUCUGCAGACGUCAUGCUGCACAAAAUGUCACUCAUCUCUAAUGUCUGUAUAGUUUUUAUCGCCGAUAGUGCGCACAGUGAAAGGCCUAAACCAAUAAGUGGAUUUUAAAAUCAGUGAAUCUGCGCAUAUUACUGCACGGUGAGCAUACGGAAAGUGAGGAGGCAAUCAAAUGGUUUCAACAUCUGCGCAGUCGGCAUCAUUGGUCGCCACACAGGAAGUAGCUGACUUGUAUUACACUACGUCAAAGCUUCCACGGUAGGCACUCUUCACUGCACAGGCUGAACCGCACCAAUAACAGGACAUAUGUACUAAUUCGGUUUUUCUUAAAAAAAAAAAAAAAAACAUCGUUAGCUAUCGUCAACCUUACAUUUGUCCUGCCGGUUGAUUUUCUGUGAGCUUACUGUCAUUCUGGAAAGGGAUCACGCAAAGCUCACUAUGCUCCUGUGAGUGUUGUGGACCUUUUCAAUUGGCUGACGACGUAGUAGCAAGCGGGGGGAGCGGCAGGAUGAGUGGGGCCGCCCUCGCCAUCGAGGUCGUUGUGGUGUUCUUCCUGGCGCUGUUCCUUCUGCACCACUAUGGCGACUUCCGCAAGCAGCAGCGCAUGGUCCUGUUUGGCACACUGUUGGCCUGGUUCCUCUGCUUCCUUAUCGUCUUCAUCCUCCCACUCGACGUUAGCACGACUAUUUAUAAUCAAUGCAAGAAUGACAAUGGAGAACACGUGGUCAUGAUGCUGUCCAAUCAAACGACGCCGAACCCAUCUGUCUCUCCGACAAAAAGUGCAAAAAAGGUUUGUUACAAGCCAUGGAGUUACAUCCCGGAUGGAAUCUUGCCCGUGUUCUGGAGGGUCGUGUACUGGACGUCACAGUGUCUAACUUGGCUGCUGCUCCCUUUCAUGCAGUCAUAUGCUCGCUCUGGUGGGUUCUCCAUCACGGGGAAGAUCAAGACAGCUAUUAUCGAAAACGCCAUUUAUUACGGGACAUACCUGCUAAUAUUUGGCUCCCUGCUCAUCUAUGUGGCCGUCCACCCACAGUGGCACCUGUCCUGGUAUGAGCUGCAGACCAUCGGCAUCACGGCAGCCAAUACCUGGGGUCUGUUCCUGCUGGUGCUGUUGCUAGGCUACGGGCUGGUGGAGAUCCCACGGUCAUACUGGAAUGCAGCACGCCGCGGAUACCUGCUGGAGAAGACCUACUUCAAGGCAGCAAAGCUAAUGACGGAGAAGGCAGACGCCAAGGAGAACCUGGAGGAUGUCAUGGAGGAGGUGAGAAAAGUCAGUGAAUCCAUCAAGUACAACCACCCUCUCAGGAAGUACAUCGAUACAAUUCUGAGAAAGUGUCCUGUGGACUACCAAGAGAAGAUGGGUAGGAACAUGGAUGAUUAUGAAGACUAUGAUGACAAACACAACACAUAUCCCAGCGAGAAGAGCCUUGUGAAGCUUCAUAAGCAGGUGAUCUACGCUGUGCAGAGGCACAAUCGAACCCAAGUGCAGUGGCGGAUCCUGCUGGAACAGGCCUUCCACUUGGAAGAUGUGGCCAAAAAUGAGACCAGUUCCUCCCAUGUGUUUGUCCGCAGCUUUGCCUCACCCGAGCAGCGUGGCUUGGUCAGCAGCUUCCUCUACACCCCCACUGUGGAGUGGUACUGGGAGUGUCUGCUGAGACAGUGGUUCUACCGCGUGCUGGCGCUGGUUCUGUCUGUCUUCUCUGUGGCGGUGGUCUGGUCCGAGUGCACCUUCUUCAGCACCCGGCCCGUCCUCUCCCUCUUUGCAGUCUUCAUUCAGCUGGCAGAGAAGGACUACAACUACCUGUACAUAGAGAUGGCGUGCUUCAUCACCAUCUUCUUCCUGUGCACCUGUGUGUACUCCACCGUGUUCCGCAUCAGAGUCUUCAACUACUACUACCUGGCCUCCCACCACCAGACUGAUGCCUACAGCCUGCAGUUCAGUGGCAUGUUGUUCUGCCGCCUGACUCCACCCCUUUGUCUGAAUUUCCUGGGUCUCAUCCACAUGGACUCUGCAAUCUCCCACCAGAAGAAGGAGCAGACGGCGUACACCUCUAUCAUGGGGUCUAUGAGGGUACUGUCCUUUAUUGCUGAUGGCUUCUACAUUUAUUAUCCCAUGCUCAUAGUCCUCCUCUGCAUUGCCACCUACUUCAGCUUUGGUACUCGCUGCCUCAACCUGCUGGGAUUCCAGCAGUUCAUGGGUGACAACGACAUGACCUCUGACCUGAUCGACGAGGGCAAGGAGCUCAUUCGACGAGAGAAAAGAAAACGCCAGAGGGUGGAAGAUGGAGAGAAUCGAAGAAGAGAAUGGCGGGAGCGCUAUGGAAACCAGCGAGAAGACUAUCCUGCCAGGAACAGAAACACCUACUCAGAGUUAAAGGAGGCCAGCAAUGCCGAGACAGGCAACGCUAGCCGACAAGCCAAGUUCUCUCGGUCCAUCACACGGCCGGAGAGAGACCGCCUGGAGCUGCUGCAGGAUGUGGAGCCGCUUGACUUCAGUGGAGACAUGAUCUCAGACGACCUGCUGGAGUCCGAAACCGGGAGUCACACAGGGGAACGGUACCUGUCCAUGUCUGUGUCCCAGAGCCGGAUCUUUGACGACGUGUGAAGGGGAGGACUGGAGAGAGAGGGACAGUUGGUCUGUGGAGCACUCUCCUGCCCCUUUUCCACCAAGGCAGUUUGAGGGCUGGUUCGGAGCCGGUGCCUAAUCUCAAACCAGUUCUUCACGUUUCGACAGCCAAAAAACCGGCUCUCGGCCAGGAAAACUGGUUCGAGAGUGGCACCAACACUCUGCUGGUCUAGAACAAAGAACCGCUACAUCAGGGGCUGGGGGUGGGAUUAUCGUGACCGACUAAAACUUUGUAACCACCAUUUAAAAAAAAAAAAAAACAA